AUGGAUCCAGGAUAUCCCACUGGGUCCUUUCUCUACCUCGAACACGAGACGAAGGAUGGCACCGGCCCAAGACCCUCGUCGGUCAAGCUGCAGAUCGCAAUAGUCGGAGCCGGGGUUGGGGGUCUUUCAGCAGCUAUUGCUUUGCGACUGGACGGCCACGACGUCACCGUAUUCGAGUCAACGCCUGUCCUGAGCGAGAUCGGCGCUGGCAUUCAAGUUCCACCGAACUCGACACGUAUACUGCAUUCUUGGGGCCUGGAAGCUGCGCUGCGGCAAAUCUCGAUGGUGCCUCGAAGCUUGCUCUGGCGACGAUGGGAAAACGGCAAAAUCAUCGGCAACUCCAGAUUGAAUCCAGAAUGCCAGGACUGGUUCGGUUCCCCCUACUACGUCACCCACAGAGCGCAUCUGCAUGAGAUCCUGCACAGGAAAGCCGUUGAGCUGGGUGUAACGGUGCGACUGGCCAGCAAGGUGGAGAAGUACAAUGCCGAUGAGCCAUCGUUUGUCCUCGCCGGUGGGGAAACCGUGAGAGCAGAUCUCGUCGUGGCAGCUGACGGCAUUAAAUCCUUGGCUCGAAAGACGCUGCUCGGAACAGCAGAUAGCGGACUUCGAGAUCAUGGCCUAGCUGUGUUUCGGGCCACUGUGAGCGUUGAGGAGAUGUUGAAGAAUGAGAAGACUGCGCCGCUAGUCGAGAGCCCAAAUCUCCAUCUUUGGUGCCUGACCAUUGACAGGGUUGGGGGCAACAAUCACCACGUCAUGGCAUACAGAUUUGCCAACGACAAGCUACUCAACCUUGUUGUAACUCAUCCCGCUGAGGGCGAGCCUGAGACCUGGGACGGGAACGAUCAUGUUGCAGACUUGCGGAGGGAUUUCGAAGGCUGGGACCCGGCGUUGACCACAUUAUUUGGUAUGGUUCAGACCGCGGUGAAGUGGCCAUUAAAGGACAUACAGGUCCCAGACAGGUGGUCGUCGGCAAGUCGAAAGACGGUUUUGGUUGGAGACGCAGCUCAUGCCAUGCUGGCUUUCAUGGCUUCCGGCGCGGCAAUGGCGGUCGAAGAUGCAGUGGCUUUAGCAGAAAGCCUGCGCUUUGCUACCAGGAAGGACAUGGUCCCCCAAGCUGUCGCGAUUUUCGAACAAGUACGCAUAUACCGAGUGAAACGAGUGCACGAGGCCAGUGUCAAGCACGGGUAUACACUACACCUGUCCGACGGGCCAGAACAACAGAGCAGGGACAAGGCGAUGGAGAAGGAAGUCAAUGGCGAACAUUUCAUAUCGAGUCCCAAUCAGUGGAGUGAUCCGACCGUCCUGAGCUGGUUAUACCCACACAAACCAGCAGUGGCAGUGAGAAAGGCCUGGGUAGAGUGCGGUCCCAUGGACGGCAACGGGGUUAACGGGUUCCGGAAUAGCCAGAAGAGAGCAGCGGCUGUCGGAGGGAUGUGCGACUACGACCUGAAUCCGCCAAGUCACUUUCCCUGUGCGCGCAUUCGAUCAGAUUCGGUCGAGCUUGGUGCAGGGUGUUCAGCAUAG